AUGAACAAGCUUCUCUUCGCUGCCUUGGCAGUUUCUGUCUCUAGUGUUCCAGUCCUUCUUGAGAAAGGACAGAUUGAAGCUGCUACUCUUGGUUCUGCCGUUGAUUUUGCUCAAGCUUUGAACACAUCAUCAUUCAGUUGCUUGUUCAACUCUGGAUUCCGUGUAGUUUUUAUUAGAGGAUACAACCCAAGUGGACUUGGAUCUUUCGAUGGUAAUGCCAUCACUAACAUCCGUAAUGCUUACUCCAUUGGAGUCGGAACUGAAGUUUUCAUGACCCCUGCCCCAGCUUCUUCUAAGACUGGUACCACUCAAUUCAAUGAAUUGUACACAGCUCUGAAUAAUAAUGGAAUCAACAUUCGUUUCAUUUGGAUCCAAGUUACUUCCCCUGUCAAUUGGAACUCCAACUACUCCACCAACUUGAAACUCAUUGAUGCUAUCAGAAACGCUGCUAGAGCCAAAGGAGUUGGAAUCGGCUUCUACACCAAUCAAUAUGACUGGAGCCAAAUCACCAAUGGCUACACUGGAUAUUCUAAGAAUGGAGACCAGCUCUGGUACUGGAGAAAUACUGGAGGAGGAACUGCUGGAGCUAGCCCCCCAAGUUUCGUUGAUUACUAUGCUUUCGGUGGAUGGACAACCCCAUCUGUCAAGCAGUUCGCUCAAACUGUUAACGUGUGUGGAAUAUGGAUGAACAAAGAUAUAUACAGUAUGUCCACCAGCGCUGCUGCUGCUGCUGCUGCUCGAGUUCAAAAGUCUGAAGGUCCAGUUGUAGGAGGAAACUUAUAA